CCUGGCCAGCCCCCUCCCUGAGCCCCCUGAAGAAGGUGUGCUAGGUGCAGCGCGGCAGAGGGGAACUUGCAGGCAAAGUUGAAGGCAGACCUGUGAAGGGGAUGCCGAACAGUGUUCUGCGGGUGAGGAGGGCCCGUUUUCUGCCACCAGAGCCCAAUGUCACCCUGAACUCAGCACAAGGUGUCUUCCCGGGGCCCAGCCGGGGGAGAGGACCGGAAACUGAAGAUGGUCUCUGUUGCGGGUCUUGUGGAGACUGCCUGGAGGCCCCAUGAAAAGCUGGAGCAGAUGGGGUGCUAGCGGCUACCACAGAGAACAGCACAAGAGCCUGUUUGCCCCAGCUACUUCGAGCCAUGCUGCCUCUGCUCUGCUUAGUGGCCUAGCAUUGCCAGAGCACCCAGCUGGCAUCUCUGAACCACACUUGGGCUAAACCACUCACAAGGGGCCCGAAGGCCCUGUGAAGGAGAAGGCAGCACGUCACCUGCUUAUCAGAACCAACAGUGGACACCUCCCUUCUUAUCCUCUGCCUCCAGCACCCUCAGCCGCUUUGGGGUUGGAGUCUGAACAUCUUCCUCAAGAUUCCUAAUCAGAACCCAGCAUUAUUUUAUCUUCUGUCACCCACAGAGUCACUGCUAUUUGUCCCUGCCCCAGGGAGAAGGUGGAAAGAAGCAUUCUCUGCCUUGUAUCCCAAAGCACAGGUUUUGAAAAUAAGAGAGUCCCCUCUGCUGCUGCCCAUUGUAGACGCUGCUCCCACACUACACCAUACAGCCCUGCUUGGCCUCGGAGUGCUGGCCUCCCUGACGCCGUCCCCAUUUCCCAUUGCUUCCAGCUGUUAGGUUUGCCUGAAGGAAAGAUAGUCUCCCCUACAGUAGGAUGCUUAAGCCCUUGACUGAGGGCUAAGGCAACAGUUAGUAGAGAGUAGUAGAGAGAAACUGAGAGGCCCAGGGGCUAAGACAGAUAGGCGCUGCUUCUGGGCCGGAAUGAGUGGAACAAGGUGCAGGAUUGGGUGACAGCCACGUGUGAGGUCUUUGGUACCCAGAGACAUCCACCACAUUCUAGUUCCCAGAGUGCAGGAUCCCAGCCCCAGGAGAUGGCUGAAGCAGGGUAUGUGUACCUGCCUGCCUGUCCUCCUCUCUCCCAUCACGCCCGGCCCUCCCUCCCACACAAAAUGUAUGAAGGAUCGACUGCAUUGCAAAUGGAGGCCAUGGGAAAGAAAGACUGCCAGGCAUCCCCAACUUUUCAAAGGCUUUGAGCCCCAGAGACACAGAGCCUACCAGUGCGUGUGGGAGGCAGAUCCUCACAGAAGAACCGAAAAUCAAGAGAGCACUUGCAGAUGACGUUGCUCCCAUGGCAGCGUUUGUGCCAGCGGGCUGCUCUCAGUGGAAAAUGGUAGAGGCUGCUCCCGCCCCAGGAGGGAGAGAUACCACCUCCCCGGCUACGGCACCAGAGGCCUGGAACUGCUGCCAGGCUAAGCAGAACAGACGUCAAUCCAGGGGACAGGGAGAAACGGAGCUACUGAACGCUGAGGGUUGAUGGUGAUGGGGGAAGGAGGGGCAGAGGUGACUUCUAUUUCUAUCUGGUUUACGUCUGGGGGGGCCCUGGCCGGGCAGCCCCCCCACAUUUCUCCUGCCCUGAAACACGGCUCUAGCCAACCUGCUCCGCUGCUUCACCUGCGACCGUCUGUGUGGGGGCUGCACGGCGCCAGCCCCUCCUGCCCGCCAGGGCAUCGUCCUCCAGCCAGUCAUGCCUAGCUGUGACCCUGGCCCAGGGCCUGCCUGCCUCCCCACCAAGACGUUCCGCAGCUACCUGCCCCGCUGCCACCGCACCUACAGCUGCGUCCACUGCCGCGCACACCUGGCCAAACAUGAUGAGCUUAUUUCCAAGUCCUUCCAAGGGAGCCAUGGCCGAGCCUACCUGUUUAACUCCGUGGUCAACGUGGGCUGUGGGCCAGCUGAACAGCGCCUCCUGCUCACUGGGCUCCACUCAGUAGCUGAUAUUUUCUGCGAAAGCUGCAAAACCACACUGGGUUGGAAAUAUGAACACGCUUUUGAGACAAGCCAGAAAUACAAGGAAGGGAAGUAUAUCAUCGAAAUGUCACACAUGGUGAAGGACAACGGCUGGGACUGAGGGGCUCAGGCAGGCUGUGCCCUUCCUCCGCAUGCCCCACCCUCCCCACACCUGUCCCCUGGCCCUGCCAAGCAGUCCAUACCAGCAUGAGUACUGCCCCACCCCUGGGGGGAACCCAGCUCCCACCAACCCCUCCCCCGCCUCCACCCAUCACUCCCAGGCCCCUUUGGAAUAGGGGUCUGGGGUACCCCAGGGGUGUUCAAGGCUCAGGAGUGGGCAGCAGUCAGGGAGACAGAACUGGGGCAAAGGGAUGGUUCUGGGUCCUUCUGGCCCCAAGGUCCUGAAAAUCGAGGCGAUGGCAGGGCGUAGACUCAGGCAGAGAGGACCUUAGGAGGAACGUUUUUGCUCCACCUCUUUGAGUGAACAGAGGACAAACCUUGAGUCAUGGGGCUGGUAGAUGCUUGGCCACAGAAUAGCAGAGAAGAGGCUUGCGUUGGAGUGAAAUUUUGGCCUCAGAUGCAGGGAGAUUCCAGAAUCUCUCGGGGGGAAAGUUUCCCACCCCCAUUUGUAGAAGAAAGGAUUUGGGGGUGGAAGGAAAAAUCCCAAAUCCCAGGCCCUGGGAAAAAAAUAAAAGAAUUACAGGGGUUUCCAUUUCACUCCACUUGUUUAUCUUGGCACUGAUGAGGCACUUUGGAUAUCUAACCUUCACCAUUGGGUGGGGGUGGGGAGAGCUGCCCCUGUAACAGCCCCACCCCCAGAUGGCCGGGUCCAGAGCGAGCAGUCUUUACGGGCAUUCUCCGAGGUCCAGCCACUGCUCCCUGGAAUCCAGUCCUUUGGAGGGGAGGUGGGAAAAUAAUGCUGCGGGGUCAGGCUUCCUCGUGGCUGCCACCAGCGAAUGAAACUUUUGUAUGAUACAUAAAGUGUUUGGGUCUAUUUUUAAUAAAAAGGGCAAC